GUUUGGAGGGAGGACAGCAGCGAGCCCGUGACGGAGCUGGAUGUGGGGAAGAACGUGUGCAGGAUGCGGCAGAGCCCGGCACACCGCCAUAAGGUCGCCACGGGUGGGAAGGACAACAACCUGAAGAUCUGGGACCUGCAGAAACCAGAGAAGCCCGUGUUCACCGCAAAGAACCUGAGAGACGACUGGCUGGAUCUGAAGCGACCGCACUGGGUCAGAGACAUGGCGUUCAUCCCCGACUCGGACAAAGUGGUCACCUGCACGGGCUACCACCAGGUCCACGUGUACGACCCCGCCUCUCCUCAGCGGCGUCCUGUCCUGGAGGCCGAGUACGGCGAGUACCCGCUCACCGCUCUGUCCCUGCCCGCUGACGGGAAUACUGUGGUGGUGGGAAACACCCACGGUCACAUCGCCCUGCUGGACCUGAGGAAAGGGUUGGUCCGCGGCUGUCUGAAGGGGCUGGCGGGCGGCGUGCGGGCGCUGCAGUGUCACCCCUCCCAGCCCGUGGUGGCGUCCUGCGGCCUGGACCGCUUCCUCCGCAUCCACAGCCUGGAGGACCGCAAGCUGCAGCACAAAGUCUACCUCAAGUCCCGCCUCAACUGCGUCCUGCUCUCCAGCAAAGACCUGGAGGAGGUGGGCGGGGCCAGAGGGGAGGCGGGGUCACAGGAGGUGAAGGAGGAAGGGGAGGGGGAGGAGGACGAGGUGUGGGACACUAUGGAGUGUGUGGAGGAGAGGCAGAAGAGAAAAACCACAGAAGAAGUGACAGACGGGGAGCUGAAGGAGAAAAAGAAGAAAAAGAAGGGGCAGGACUGAGGGGCGUUUGAGGUGUGAGCAGAGUGUGGGACAUUUGAAAUACCAGAAAGAACAUUAUCUUCCUGGGAGAGAAAGUUAGUUUGUGUGACACUUAAACGUCUGUAUAAAUGUUUUGUGUGUCAGCCUGCAGAUGUUUCAUGAUCAGAUUUCAUAUUUACGCGGACGAUUAUACUUUUUAUCUUUUAACAACCUCGUUACAUAAAGAGUCGGGACGUUGUGUGAAAUGUAAAUAAAAACAGAACAUGAGGAUUUUCAAAA